UUGGCGACGAGACAAGAAGAAGACCGUUAUGUUGCUAAUCCCAUUUCGUCAUUUUCAAAAUUACCGUUGACUCUUUACUGCCCCUCCCCUCUCUCUCUCUCUCUCACACACACACACACACACACACACACGCACUCAGACAGUGCCGGUGUUGCAGAGAAGUCGCAGCUGUCAAUUUGGUUCCCCCAGACGCCGCAGGGAAAAGGAAUGAAAUCUGAAUCAUCUUCUCCUCAGUUUCUAUUUUCAGCUUCAUGUACUGCAACUCAGUAAUUCUGAAAUAAUUCCCUUUCAAUAGUGAGCAGUUGUGUCAGGGCCAUGCCUGCAAUGAAGAAGAAUGCUGAAUGCAUUGGGAUUAGGCAAGUAUUCAAUAAAUUGGUGGAGGAGAUUGGGAGUCCAGUUGAUUUUGAACUUCCAGAAUCGUUAAAUAAAUGGAGACCUACAUCCUACUCCUUUAUCAGGCGCAAUGUAUACCUGACAAAGAAGAUGAAAAGGCGUUUGGAGGACGAUGGUAUCUUUUGUUCAUGCAGCUCAACAGCUGGAUCUUCUGGUGUUUGUGGCAAAGAUUGUCUCUGCAGCAUGCUAAGAUCUAGCUGCUCUUCGGGCUGUAACUGUGGGAGCUCAUGUCUGAAUAAGCCAUUUCAUCAAAGGCUCAUGAAAAAGAUGAAAAUUGAGCAGACUGAGAAAUGCGGAAUUGGCGUCGUUGCAGAAGAAGACAUCAAACAAGGAGAGUUUGUGAUAGAAUAUGUGGGAGAGGUUAUAGAUGAUAAAACAUGUGAGGAAAGACUUUGGAAAAUGAAACACCGUGGGGAAACUAACUUUUACCUAUGUGAAAUCAAUCGAGACAUGGUGAUAGAUGCCACUUAUAAGGGAAAUAAGUCGAGAUACAUAAAUCACAGUUGCUGUCCCAAUACUGAGAUGCAGAAAUGGAUGAUAGAUGGCGAGACAAGAAUUGGCAUUUUUGCAACUCGUGAUAUUAAAAAGGGCGAGCAUCUGACCUAUGACUAUCAGUUUGUGCAGUUUGGUGCAGAUCAAGACUGUCACUGUGGUGCUGUAGGUUGCCGGAAGAAGUUGGGAGUUAAACCCAAUAAACCAAAAAUGCCUUCUUCAGAUGCUGCAUUGAAAAUAGUAGCAUGCCAAGUGGCAGCAAACUCUCUCAAAGUGAAAGGAGUAGAAUUAAACAAACCUGUGUAUACGAAUGGAAUUCCUGGUUUAGGAGGUUCAAGGAAUGAUCCUGCUCGGAGAAGAAAGCAUCGCCAUAAUUGCAUUGGUUCAGUAAUAAGAAUUUUACACUUUCCUGACAAAAGGUCCUUUGGGAUAAUAAGUCAGUUCAAUAACACCACAAGAAAACAUUUGAUCAUGUAUGAAGAUGGACACUCAGAGUUCCUGGACUUAUCAAAAGAAGAAUGGGAAUUUUGUAAUUGCUAAAAGUAAUUGCCAGGUACCUCCAUGCUCCUGUUUGAACAGAAGGGGUUGCAAGAAUGCUUUGUGCUAUAAUCCUGUUUUUGGCACUGUUCAUAUCCGGUGGACCUGUAGUAAUAGAACUGAACUGAAAGGAGAGGGACAAACAUGAAUUUUAACUAUCUGACCCAAUUUGUUUCAUGGGAUUGAGCUUUGAUGUUUUCUUGGUUUUUGCAGAUGUUAUAUAGCUAAAAUGAUAAUUUUAUCCCUUUGUUUAGGUCAAAGGCCAGAGGCAUACUGCUAAGUCCCAUGGGAUUCUUGUUGUACCAAUCUUAUUUCUUUCCCUUUUAUGAAAGAAAUAUGUAUAAGCAUGUGCAAGUGUAACAUUAGAUACAUAUUUAUAUCAAUUAGAAGUUCUUCAAUUACUUGCUUUUGUGUUAAAAUU